AGGAAAAUUUUUCGAUUAAGAAAUCCAAAUUAUUCUCCAUAACGUAUUAUGGUUAUUUUAGAUACAAUGGAGAAUGUUGGUAGUUUAGAAGAACAAGCAUUAAAGAGGAAAGAAAGGCUAAAAAAUUUAAAACGUAAAAAUCCUUCAGACGAGAAUUCAUCAGCAAAUACUUCGAAUAAUGAAGCUGUCGUACUCCCAAAGCCUAAAUUUAGGAGUUACAGGCCUCAAGAUGAAACAUUACAGGAAGCCAAGCUCGAUGAUGCACAACCUGCUGUCGUUGACAAUGAAGUCAAAGAUUUGUUAGAAGCGGGUAAAGAAAAAGUUGUAUUACAAGAGCUAGAUAUUUCAAGCCUUGCUCCGAGGAAGCCUGAUUGGGAUCUGAAGCGGGAUGUGGCAAAGAAGUUGGAAAAACUGGAAAGACGAACUCAAAAAGCAAUAGCGGAGCUUAUUUGGGAGAGGCUGAAGGAAGGAGCAGAAGAUAAUUUAGGAGCUAUGGUUACUAUGACUAACAAAGUUCCUGAUGAAGAAUAAUCAGUUUUAAUAAGUUUAGUAGUUUAGGUUUAACUGCCAUUUUUUAUAACUUGAAUCAGAUGUGUCAGUUUUUAAUACCAAUUUUUUUUAAUGCUGCGGGAACAAAGUUGUAAGCAAGAGUUAAUAUGGAAUAUGAAUGGACAUUCGAUGUUUGUGGUAUUUUAAAAAAUCUUUAUAAAAACACUCAUUAUAAUAAAACAAUUUUUAUUAGGAUCUUGUAAAUAAAUAAAAAUUUGUUUACGUAACUUAAGAUACAUAGCUUGAAAACAUGUAAAAAAGCUGUAACUAAAUAUAUUGUGUAGUAUAAAAUAAUGAAUACAUAGAUAAGUGGU